GUUCUAGAAAGUGGGCAUGAUGCUCGCAUUCUCGUCACCGGAAACUCAGACACGUAAGGCCACUAUUCCACGCGUCCACUCGCAAAACCUACACACCCACACACACAUUCUUCUUCUUCUUCUUCUUCUUCUUCACUCUCCCCUCUUUCUCUCUCUGCAUUCUGUAACUGUUAAUUUGCUGCGUUUAUGGUGUGGUGGUGUCGUGUGUUUUGAAAUCAAAGAAGAAACAUAAGAGCAAUGAGCGGUGAUUUAGAGACAAGAACACUUCUGGAUGAGCUUCGCAGCUUCGACAAGGGAGGCCUCUUCGAUCUCGGCCACCCUCUCCUCAACCGCAUCACCGAAAGCUUCGUCAAAGCCGCUGGGAUUGGAGCAAUCCAGGCGGUGUCGCGCGAGGCCUAUUUCACAGCCCUUGAAGGGGCGGAUAGCGGUGGUCUACCACCGGAGAUCACGGCCGGAAAGAAGCAGCGAUUCCCGGACCUAAGAGGGGAAACCAACAAAAAAUCUCUUGAAGCCUUGGUGAAGAACACCGGAAAAGAAUCUCUACAGUGGGUUUCUCUAGACAUUUCGACAAACUCUAAAAAUUCGAAGUUUUUGUGGACUUUCACUCUCUCAUCUAUUGAAAGGAUCUCUCUUUCCCCCCUAAUGAAGAUAGCUAGGACUGGCUGCUGGAAUGUACUCAGGUGUCACCUAUGGGCUAAAGGAGGCUCGUGGAACUCAUGAUUGG